AUGGAUUCUACUAAUUAUACUUGUAUCUGCUUGAUUCUUGCUGUUUUUUUGUUUGUCUUAAACACGGGAUGUGAAGCACAGCUAUCCUCUGAGUUUUACGACAACACAUGUCCAAACGCACUUAGUACAAUCCGGACAGCUAUCAGGACAGCCGUUUCUCGGGAGCGCAGAAUGGCAGCUUCCCUCAUUCGGCUCCAUUUUCACGAUUGUUUUGUUCAGGGUUGUGAUGCAUCCAUCUUGCUUGAUGAUGCCCCAUCAAUAUCGAGCGAGAAAAAAGCUGUAAACAAUGACAAUUCAAUCAGAGGAUACAAUGUCAUAGAUGAUGUCAAGUCCCAAGUGGAAAGCAUUUGUCCUUCCACCGUGUCAUGUGCUGAUAUUGUUGCAGUUGCUGCUCGCGACGCAUCUGUUGCUGUGGGUGGACCAACAUGGACGGUAAAGCUUGGAAGAAGAGACUCUACAACAGCAAGCCGUAGCCUAGCUGAGAGCAACCUUCCAAAGUUUACAGAUAGCCUUGAAAUCCUGAAAGCCCUGUUUGGUAGCAAAGGUUUGAAUGAAAGAGACUUGGUUGCGCUUUCAGGAGCACAUACAAUUGGGCAAGCAAAAUGUGCGACUUUCCGUGAUAGGAUUCAAAGUAAUGCAAGUGACAUUGAUGCUGGUUUUGCUAGCACUAGAAAGCGCAAGUGUUCAAGUGAUGAAGAUAGCAAUGAUAAUCUAGCAGCUCUUGAUUUGGUGACACCCAAUUCUUUUGAUUAUAACUACUUCAAGAAUCUCAUUCAGAAGAAGGGCCUGCUAGCAUCUGAUCAAGUACUCUUCAGUGGAGGAUCCACCGACAGCAUUGUUACAGAGUAUAGCAAGAGCAGUUCAUCUUUCCCUGCUGAUUUUGCAGCUGCCAUGAUAAAGAUGGGCGAUAUUGAACCUACCACUGGUUCUCAAGGCCAGAUACGAAAAUUUUGCAAUCUUGUCAACUAA